UUACCUGUAGACUUUAUUAUCAAAGACUUUGUGUGGUAGCUAGCUGGAACAGACGUGGUAAAAAGAUGGCGAAUUUAAUAUUCCUGCUGCCUUUAUUGGCGUCUACACAGGGUUUCCUCUUUGACGUGAUAACCAACCACUUGCCACACACCGUUUGUUACGGGGAUUUGGGCUGCUUCAGUAACGGUCCCCCAUUCCUGAGUACCCAUCGCCCGCUGUCCGUGGCUCCACAUCCGCCAGCGCAGAUCUUAACGCGCUUCCUUCUCUACACAAGGGAAAACCCGACGGUCUCAGUUGAGCAGGUGAUCUCGGCCGAUGACCUUACAAUCUCGGGCUCCAACUUUCAGGGGUCACGUGCCACCAAGAUAAUCGUGCACGGAUUCACCCACAACGGCCACCGGAUGUGGCUACAGAACAUGACACGUGAGCUGCUCAAGCAUGACGACUACAACGUCAUCGUGGUUGACUGGCAGCAUGGCGCUACAAUACCGUAUGAGCAGGCGACCGCCAACACGCGCAUCGUUGGCGCCCAGAUCGCACAACUCGUCAACAAGCUCGUGCAGGUGGCGUCCGCACAGACGGCGGACUUCCACAUCAUCGGGCACAGCUUGGGUGCGCACAUUUGCGGCUAUGCAGGAGAGCGGAUUCCGGGUCUGGGCAGAAUUACAGGCAUGGACCCCGCAGGCCCCUACUUCGAGAACACAGACAUCCAGGUCCGUCUAGACCCCAGCGACGCCGACUUCGUUGACAUCAUACACACGGACGGCGGCGGCAUUUCAAACCUCGGAUUUGGCGUCACACAGGAGCUUGGUCACGUGGAUUUCUACCCGAAUGGCGGCGUUCAGCAGCCGGGUUGCGCGACGGACGCUGUCGAUAAGCUUGGCGCCACCUCUUGGACCGCGAUCACCCAUCUUUUCGAUUACUAUGCUGAAGAGGAGACACUUGCCUGUAGCCACGAAAGAUCCUACAUGUACUUUACCGAGUCCAUCAACUCACAGUGCCCAUUCACAGCGUGGCAGUGUAAGUCAAAGGCCGAAUUUGACAAAGGUCACUGCGUGCGUUGCACGGAUACCACGUGCGCUGUCAUGGGGAUGUACGCUGACAAAUCACAGCCGAGGGGAGUGUUCUACCUGGAUACGGAAGCCACGCCUACAUUCUGUGAGUACACUUACCAGUUGAACAUCAGCAGCGUUAACAAGUUCGAUGGCGUGCUCUUGAUGACGCUUCAGGGAACAAACGGAACCAUAGGACCCAUUCAACUCAUGAAGAAGAACGAGGUGCACCUGGGCUCCGAGAUUAUCAGCCUCCCCUUCCGGACGCGGGUAGACGUCGGCGAUGCUGAGCGUCUGACGCUGCAGUAUGAGAAGAUAAACACCCCAUUCAUUAGUGGAACGUUCCCUGACGACUGGCACUUGCUGGGAAUCUCCCUGUUCCGCGCCGAUCAGGAUCAGAAGGUGCGAUUUUGCGGCACCUACCAUGCUGAGAUUGACAACCACAAUGCCACGUCGUUCGCCGUCCGCGGCACCACGUGCUAGAUGAGAAAGAUCUACGCCAAACACGCAUGGACGGGCAUACUGAUGAAUAUUUAUUGUUGUCUCAAUUCUUGAAUUGAUAAUAAACUUAAUUUCUCUCA